AUCGACACUAGAGAAGGACUGCAAAUACCGUUGAAGACAAAUAAUGCAGACCGCCGUUAUCAGCGGUGAUGGUAUUUGUGAUCUUCGUCCACAAUCGUCGCUCCUGCAGACGCGCGCGCUCCUCGGUCUGUGCGCGUGCACGGCGGUCACUCCGGAGCGUGCGCGUAUCGUCCCCAGCCUGCAUCCACCUUUACCGCAGUAAAAACGGAGCUACUAAGAUACAGCCUGCUGAGAAAGGAGCCGGAGGAUUCAUUACGGAUGCGCUGAGAAAACGAGCUCGCCCUCUGAAAGGACAUUAAAGGACACUGCGCUAAUGUACGCAAUUUAGAUCAGAGGGGGCAGGUAAAACUGGACAUCAUUAAGCAGCUGAAUUCCUUUAUCAGUGAUUUUUUUACGUUCAUUUUCGGCUUAAGCCUACCAGUAUUUCGACCUUUAUCGCGGUCGUCCUUCACUUAUUUACUGCACUCUCCCGUGAAUGUAUUUCUUAGAGCAAUAUUGCUGGAAUGUUUUUAGAUAGACAGACAUUAUAAGCACGUUUAAUUAACUAAUUAGUCUGUUCAGUCCGAAAACGUCGCAUGAAUGUCCGCAGAAUUAUUUAAUGAGGCAUGCGCCAGGGACAUAACCGGCUUUAAUUUUUCAUGAUUGGGCAUAAUUAGUGCCUUUAGCAGAACGCGUACGCAUAAACACGAAUAUUAAUACAUGGUAACGAUAUAUAGUUAUUUACAAGACAGAGAACAUUUAAGCGAAUUACAUUUCACUGGACGCUAUACUUUGCACUUUAUUAAGUUAUGAAUCAUUAAAGGGAAUGAAUAGUUGUAUGCUAGUUUGCUUUCUGUGCACUGAUGCCAGAAUCUCAGGGCGGUGAUGCUGAAAUAUCUGAUGGUGAGCUUCCUUCUCAUAUAAACGUAGCAUGCAAAAAUAGAGAUUUAUUUUACAGUGAUUAGAAAAAUAUCUUAGAGUAUAUGUCAUGUUCAAAAUAUAUACGUUUAUAAAAGCAAAACAGGCCUACAAAUAGAUAUCAGCAAUAAGGAAAGUAUGUAAUUGAUUAAACUGUGACUGAAUAAUAAGCCAAAGACCGAAAGAGAGCACUUUGAGAAAGGCGACUGAUUUUAAGUCACAUCACUGUUUGUUAACAGACUGCUUUGAAAUAUUUCGGAGCGUUAACUUAUUUUGCACAAUCUCCGCUCUUAGGCUGAAAUACGCCCCUGCACUUAGGGUGAAUUGUCUGCUAUUACUGACGUCGAAGGUCUAAAACAAUCAUUUGUCUUCCACUGUCUGCACAACCGAAAUUCUUUCUACACUUCCAGCUGUCCAUUGGAAUGUAAGUGAAUAUUUAUAAGCGAAAGAAAAUAAUUAAUUAAUAUAUUUAGGUCGGUGGCGUUACAGAGCGGAACUGUCAUUGGUGCGGGUUAGACUUACGUGUUUUUUAAUGGCUCAAUGAGGAACCUGCGCAGAGUCGGAAACCUGAAGUUUAGAGUUUAAUUACUGCAUCUUCAUAUUGUACAUUGAUGCACAAUCAUAAAUAAUAAUAGCAAGUUUUGUGGGGCCACUCUUCAAAGUGACAUUUCUGAUUUUACAAUCCAGCGGAUAUUCCUCUUGCGAGUUUGUUCUACUGUUUUUACAGCGCAAGGAAGGGCUACUUGGGGAAAAAAAAAAGUUUUUUUUUUCGUGAGAAUAGUCAAGGCCUGCAAAAAGGAGUUGCAUUCAAAAAGACUAGACAACGGUUAGGGAAAAAAUAAAAAGCCGAUAAGAAGAGCGGUGCGGCACUUUGGGAGCCGGUUCCCCUGCGGACUCUCCAGCUGGCGCUUGGCCGCGCGCUCCUCUGCCAUGUCGCCCCUCGGUAUGUCUGCACUGCGGCUGCUGCUCAUCCCGGCUCUGCUGUGUGCGCUGUACGCGUCCAUGUGCAAAGCCGCUUGUGCAGAGGUGGACUCAGACACACAGGCGGUGGCCGGCCAGGGCUUCAAGCUGGGCUGUAUCUCCUGUAAGCAGAGGGGAGAGGUAGAGGCAACCGCCAGAGUCAGCUGGUACUUCCGCCCCAAAGGGGAACACAGCUAUAUUCAUAUAUACAGCUAUGAGGAGGAGGUACCCUCCAUUAUGAAUGAACAGUUUGAGGACCGCUUGGACUGGAACGGCAGCAAGAACACGGCAGACAUCCAGGACGCUUCAAUCUACAUUCUCAAUGUCACGUUCAAUGACUCAGGAACUUACCGCUGCUUCUUCAACCGCAUCCUCUUCUACCCCUUCUAUGAGUUCCAAACCACAGCCACCAAAGUGGUCCACCUCUCCGUGGUAGCCAAAGCCACCAGGGGAGUGGCGUCCAUCAUCUCAGAGGUUAUGAUGUACGUGUCCAUUAUCGGGCUGCAGCUCUGGCUCCUGGUGGAGAUGAUCUACUGUUACAAGAAGAUCGCUGCAGCUGGAGACGAGGCACUAAGACAGAGCGCGGAGGAAUAUUUAGCUAUAGCCUCGGAGAGUAAGGAUAACUGCGCGGGGGUUCAGGAAGCAGAAUAGCACAGGUAUGUUUCCUGCACUCCUGUGACCCUGGCGGCAUUGUGGGGUGCAGUACGGCCCACUGAGGCGUUUUCUCCGAUCUCAGGAUUGACACGUUUACGAAGACACAUCGCUAACCCCCCUGCCAUCGCUUCCAUAGCUCUCCUUACCCCCAUCCCCUCAGCCCUACUUUAUUCAGUGUCUGUGGGGGAAUAAAUAAAGACAAUUUAUUCAUAUUUUUGAUGAACCUGGACCUGAAACAAUCUUGUUAGCAAACAUGGAUGACGAAUACAAAGCAGUGGCUGUUCGAGACACUUGAAUAGCAUGAUGUCACCAUUUCUGUAUGCCUGCAAACAGUGCUGCUGGAAUAGCUGUUCCUGUUUGAAUCCUACUGCAUAAUGUGCCCCUUACUGGACAGCAUGGCCAUGCAGUGUGACUGUAUAAUACUGUCCUAAGUUGUCGACUUGUAUAACUGUAUCUUGUCAUUAUGAAUUCUGGAACAGCUCUUUGCCACACAGCACUUUCAUCUUAUUUUAUGCUGAGCUUAACAGCCAGCCUUGGUAUUGCAAGAAUCCACAGAUUUGUAAGGCUUUAUAGGUCAUGCAGAUUUACUCAUGCAUUAACAAGCUCUGAAAGAAUAUUAUAGUAUGCAUAUGACUGUCAUCUGUUCAAUGCCAAGAGGUCAUUCAAAGGGAUCUUCCCUAGUGAUUCUAGGGUGGAUCUAAAUCUUGUACAACGCAGUCAAAAGCUCCUCUGCAUACGUAGCUUGAAUUGCACAGCCUAGUAGAUACCUUAGCCAUCUCUGUACAUAGGCUUCAGUGUCUCUCUGCCUUUUCUAGCAUGUCUUCUACUGUGAGAUGUUUCUAAUAUUAAACGUACUACACCUUAGUGCAGGAAUUACCUGCACCUAUCAGGGGGCAGCAACAUGAAUAGUUAAAGAAACAGGCAACAUAGUCAGAAUUAGACUAUGUACGCAUAGAUAUGUGAUUGUUCUCAAGGUGUGUCUUAACUGUAGAAGUUACCUAUUAUCUUAAAAGUUAUCUUGAAUUUUAUGUGUCAUUUGUAUUACAUGUUACCUGAAUUUCCCUUGCACUAGUUAGCUAGAUCAACCCAAUCAAAAGAUAUUCUGCUUAUAAAGGUGACACAUUUGACCAAGCAAUAAAAAGUAGAAUACUGUUAGACAAUGUGAUGAUUGCCAGGACCGUAGUACCAACAGCAAGACUUGAGGUGCAGUUACAUGUUUCUACCAAAAGGUGGCACGGUAUAACAGCAUGUUGUUUAAGAAACCUUUGCAGAUUAGGCACAGAGAAAUGGUGCAUGUGUGAAGGCUGUUACUUUGGGUUAUGAUCUGUAUCUCUCAAUGUAUGCAAAUAAAACACCUACUGACA